CCCACCCGUCAGCUGGCCCGGGCGCCCGCCCCGCUCCGCUCCGACCUUGCCGCGGCGCAGCCCGGGUGGGAGGAGGGGAGGAGCGGCGGGAGGAGCGGAGCGAGUGCAGUGCCGGGCGCAGUCUCCAAUGAGCCGCGCGGAACCUGCGCCCCUGACGACCCGAGCCCCCUGCGCCCUUUCCCUACGGCUCACCUGGUGCCAGGUAAGGUAACAGUAGGUCUGGCCUCGCCCCACGGACCAUGGCCUUGCCCCCAUGAGCUAGAGCCUGUUCCUUGGCACGCACCCACCGCCAGCCAGCAGGAUGCAGCUGUGGAAGGCGGUGGUGGUGACCCUGGCCUUCAUGAGCAUGGACGUCGGCAUGACCACGGCCAUCUACAUCCUCAGCCACCUGGACCGCAGCCUGCUGGAGGACAUCCGCCAUUUCAACAUCUUUGACUCGGUGCUGGACCUCUGGGCGGCCUGCCUCUACCGCAGCUGCCUGCUGCUGGGAGCCACCAUCGGUGUGGCCAAGAACAGCGCCCUGGGGCCGCGGCGGCUUCGAGCCUCCUGGACGGUCAUCGCCCUCGUGUGCCUCUUCGUGGGCAUCUACACCAUGGUGAAGCUGCUGCUCUUCUCCGAGGUCCGCAAGCCAGUCCGGGACCCAUGGUUCUGGGCCCUCUUUGUGUGGACUUAUAUCUCACUCGCCGCUUCCUUCGUGCUCUGGUGGCUGCUGUCCACGGUGCGGCCGGACGCCAAAGCCCUGGAGCCGGGGGCUGAGGCCGAGGCCGACGGCUUCCCGAGGGAGCCCCGACCCCCUCGUGAGCAGGCAUCGGGGGCCACGCUGCAAAAGCUGCUGUCCUACACCAAGCCUGACGUGGCCUUCCUUGUGGCGGCCUCCUUCUUCCUCAUUGUGGCAGCUCUGGGAGAGACCUUCCUUCCCUACUACACUGGCCGGGCCAUUGAUGGCAUCGUCAUCCAGAAGAGCAUGGAGCAGUUCAGCACAGCGGUCAUUGUCAUGUGCCUGCUGGCCAUCGGCAGCUCAUUUGCCGCAGGUGUUCGGGGCGGCAUUUUUACCCUCAUAUUUGCCAGACUGAACAUUCGCCUUCGGAACCGUCUCUUCCGCUCACUGGUGUCCCAGGAGAUGAGCUUCUUUGACGAGAAUCGCACAGGGGACCUCAUCUCCCGCCUCACCUCGGACACCACCAUGGUCAGCGACUUGGUCUCCCAGAAUAUCAACAUCUUCCUGCGGAACACGGUCAAGGUCACGGGCGUGGUGGUCUUCAUGUUCAGCCUCUCGUGGCAGCUGUCAUUGGUCACCUUCAUGGGCUUCCCCAUCAUCAUGAUGGUGUCUGACAUCUACGGCAAGUACUACAAGAGGCUCUCCAAAGAGGUCCAGAAUGCCCUGGCAAGGGCCAGCAGUACAGCCGAGGAGACCAUUAGUGCCAUGAAGACCGUGCGGAGCUUUGCCAACGAGGAGGAAGAGGCAGAGGUGUAUUCCCGGAAGCUCCAGCAGGUGUACAAGCUGAACAGGAAGGAGGCCGCAGCCUACACCUACUACGUCUGGGGCAGUGGGCUCACGCUGCUGGUCGUCCAGGUCAGUAUCCUCUACUACGGGGGCCACCUCGUCAUCUCAGGGCAGAUGACCAGCGGCAACCUCAUCUCCUUCAUUAUCUACGAGUUCGUCCUGGGAGACUGUAUGGAGUCCGUGGGCUCCGUCUAUAGUGGCCUGAUGCAGGGAGUGGGGGCCGCUGAGAAGGUGUUCGAGUUCAUUGACCGGCAGCCAACCAUGGUGCAUGAUGGGAACUUGGCCCCUGACCGCCUGGAGGGCCGGGUGGACUUUGAGAACGUGACCUUCACCUACCGCACUCGGCCCCACACCCAAGUUCUGCAGAAUGUCUCCUUCAGCCUGUCCCCAGGAAAGGUGACCGCGCUCGUGGGGCCCUCGGGCAGUGGGAAGAGUUCCUGCGUCAACAUCCUAGAGAACUUCUACCCGCUGGAGGGGGGCUGUGUGCUGCUGGACGGAAAGCCCAUCAGCGCCUAUGACCACAAGUACCUGCACCGCGUGAUCUCCCUCGUGAGCCAGGAGCCGGUGCUGUUCGCCCGCUCCAUCACAGACAACAUCUCCUAUGGCCUGCCCACUGUACCCUUCGAGAUGGUAGUGGAGGCCGCACAGAAGGCAAAUGCCCACGGCUUCAUCAUGGAGCUCCAGGACGGCUACAAUACAGAGACUGGGGAGAAGGGCGCCCAGCUGUCGGGUGGCCAGAAGCAGCGGGUGGCCAUGGCUCGGGCUCUGGUGCGGAACCCACCUGUCCUCAUCUUGGACGAAGCCACCAGCGCUCUGGAUGCGGAGAGCGAGUACCUGAUCCAGCAGGCCAUCCACGGCAACCUGCAGAAGCACACCGUGCUCAUCAUCGCGCACCGCCUGAGCACGGUGGAGCGCGCGCACCUCAUCGUGGUGCUGGACAAGGGCCGCGUGGUGCAGCAGGGCACGCACCAGCAGCUGCUGGCCCAGGGCGGCCUCUACGCCAAGCUGGUGCAGCGGCAGAUGCUGGGGCUCGAGCCCGCCGCGGACUACUCAGCUGGUCACAAGGAGCCUCCGGGCGGCAGCGGCCACAAGGCCUGACUGCGGGCCCCGCCUCGCACGGUGGGGCUGAGGCCCCGGCACCUGCCGGGCAAAUGUACCCAUGGGGCGCCCCCCCAGCCCCGCUGCCCUCUGAGCCCAGGCCCACCGUGCCAGGAGGGCAGCCUGCCAUGUCCCACGUGUCACUGCUUCCUGCAUCGCGCCCCCCCCUUCCCACUCCAUCCACCUGCCCCCACCCCCACCCCGCCCUUCCCCGCGCUGCCGGGAGCCGCUGCCUCAAGUCUGGGCAGCAGAGACCCCGCUGGUCUCUCCAUCCGGUCUCCCAGGGCUUCUAAGAGAAGGUAGAGCUACCUUUUAAACCAAGAUCUCACUUGAAGAACCAAGGUUUUUUACUGCUUGGUUCGAUGGGCCCCAGUCAACUCCAGAUUCAAAAACUUUUUUUUUUUUUUUUUUUUUAAUGGGGAGUAAUGAUGGGCAAGGUCACUGAGAUAUUCUAGAAACUUCUGAGCCAGGGGGUGAACGAUCCUUCCUAAUAGCCUGGGGGAUGCCAGGGGAGAAUUAGGCCUCUGCCCUCUGCCCCUCGAUGAGAAGGGGCUUUCCUGUCCCUGAGGGGGACACGGAGGAAGGGACUUCCUCUCUCACUCUUUGCAGCUUCCUGAGUCAGGCCAAGGGUCGGCGGGAAGAGCGGGAAGGGCCUGUCUGCCCGUGGCCCUUGCCGUCCUGCCAAAUCUAAGCCAGUCUCACUGUGAACCACUACUAACCUUAACUGGGGGAGUGAGGGGCUGGCCAGGCCUGGCAGAGCCUCAGGGUGGCCCCAGCCCCACACCCGGCGUGAGCCCCUCAGGCCCACCUCAUCCCUUGCUCCCAUCUCCCCCCUCCAGCCGGCAGCCCCCUCCCACACAUGCACCCCUGCUCCGCUCCUCGCUCUGCUCUUGGGAGGCCCUUCAGUGCCGGAUGUCUGAGAGAUGCGUUCUCUUCCCUGUCUGGUGGACAGAAUGGCAGCAAAACUCAGGCUCUGGUUUUGUGGGGUGGGGAGGGGGGUGGGUGUUUGCAAGAUGUUGGAAGAUCCCGGUCAAUAAAGUGUACUACCUCUGACCCCUGACCUCUGACCUC